UCCAGUUACUGCACAUUUCACGAUGUUUCGAAUUUCCACACAGUAUAAAACAAUUUACGAGUGACAAACGAGUUAAUUAGAAUCAUGUGACCGUGAAACAGUUGUCCAAGCGGCAUAAACUUAUUUAGACUCUGCACAAAACUGUUAUCCGCACGCAUAAAUAAAUAAAAUAAUUCGUUCAAUAAUCAAUAUUUUGGUGGUGCUUAGGUUCGUCAUAAACACUUGUUAUUACUCGUUUUAACUUUUAUGACUAAGAGAAAAUCUCGUUGGUAAUUUUAUUAAAUUUAAGAGAUGCUUUAAUGCAGUGUUACGUGCUCGUUACUAUAAAAUUACAUGUGUACAGAAGUGCGAUUUUUUUACGUAACUACUUAACUAGUGGUCUUGUAAUGUGAUACAAGUUACAACACACGUAUCGGGGGCACAGAAAACUGUUUACAAGCGGUUUACUUGAAUCAAAAUGGCGGCCGCCGCCAUCUUGUCGACGUGAGCUCCAAUUCCGAAAUGUACGAUGCCGCGGCUAAAGUAUGCGACCUUCCUCCGAGUGCUGGUCAUCCUGGGGCUGUUCUGCGUGUGGCUCCAGAUCAUGGUGUCCAGCGGGCUGGAGAGGGACGGAGAUUCCUCUAGCGGAGUAAACGUAGUAGAUAGUGAGACUGUAUUAGUAACAACAGAAAGAGAAGAGCUGAUGAACGGGAAUGACACGUCGGAGCAGGUGCUAGCCCUGGUGCCGCAGGAACUGCAUAAAUAUCUCACCGUUCACCCUAAGAACAAUACCGCAAACACCACAGAUCUGCCCAAGAACAUAACGGAGAUCCGCCGCGCCAUCAAACGGUACAACGACGCGCAAACCAUCUACAAUGAGGACAUCUACGGGCCCGUGCUUAACGACACCGUCAUUAUUGCUAUACAGGUCCACACGCGUCUUACCUACCUGCGCCACCUCAUAGUGUCUCUCGCGCAGGCGCGCGACAUUGAACGCACGCUACUCGUUUUCUCACACGAUUACUAUGACGAAGAAAUCAACAGCUUGGUGCGGACUAUAGACUUUACUAAAGUGAUGCAGAUUUUCUACCCGUUCUCGAUUCAGACGCAUCCAAACGAGUUUCCAGGGGUGGACCCCAACGAUUGCCCGAGGGACGCCAAAUUUGAACAGGCAAUAAAAUUGAAAUGCAACAACGCUUUACACCCGGACCUACACGGGCACUACAGGGAAGCCAAAUACACGCAGACCAAGCACCACUGGUGGUGGAAAGCCAACAGGAUCUUCAACCAGCUGCAGAGCACAGCCUCCCAUACAGGCAUGGUGGUAUUCCUAGAGGAAGAUCACUACGUGGCCGAAGAUUUCCUCCACGUCCUGAACCUCAUGAGGACCACAGCUGACAAGACAUGUCCGCAGUGCGAGCUGCUCUCACUAGGGACGUAUCUCAAAACGUACCAGUACCACGCCACCGCUGAUAAGCGGAAGAAGCAGCUGACUCUGUCUUACAUCCAGCAAGUGCGCGCCGCGAACGAGGAGCGACGGAGACGGAAGAUGGACGCGAUGGCCAGCUGGAACUAUCAGGUGUACCCGAACUUUUACGGGUACACGCAAAAGGUGGAGAUCACGCCCUGGCACUCUAGCAUCCAUAAUAUGGGGAUGGUCUUCAACAGGACCGUGUGGAACUCCAUCAUGUCGCUGCAGGAUCAGUUCUGCGAAUACGACGACUACAACUGGGACUACUCGCUGCUGCAUCUCUCUCAAAACAGAAAGGGCAAAGAGAAGUUCAAGGUCAUGAUGUGUAAGGGUCCUAGGGUCUUCCACAUUGGGGAAUGCGGCCUCCACCACAAGAAAUCGAACUGCAACGCGAAUCUAGUCAUCAGCAAGGUCCAGAAACUUCUGCAGACCACGAAGCGCCUGCUAUACCCGAAGCGACUGACGGCCUCCAUCAACCCUGGGGGCGCCAAGCAUAAUAAGAAGCUGGUGAAGGGAAACGGGGGGUGGGGGGACCGGAGAGAUCAAGAGAUGUGCACAAACAUGACCAAGAUAGAACGGCAGUUGAAGAAAUAUACGUAUUUUGCAUAAAUAUAGUUUAUAAUUAAAAAUGGAAAAAGCAUGAAAUCACUUUCGACACAAAAAAAAAAUGUGACAGACAGACAGACGGUCAGAGUCGCACCAUAAGGGUUCCUUUUGUACCUUUUUGGUACGGUACCCUAAAAAGAUGAGUGAUAAGUAUAAGUUUUCAUCCUUACUACAUACAGAUAGGCAAACAGACUAUACAUAGUGGGCCAGAAUGACCUGACAAACUUUAGACUUAUUUAUAAAUGUUAUUUGAUUUUUGUAUUUGUAAGAAUUUGAAACGUGAAUUUAGUACUUCAGGUAAAAAAAAAUAUUUUUUGCGUAAUUUUAUACCGUAAAGGAAUAAAUGUACAUGCAACAGUAAAUAAUCUAAAAACAGUCGGAUGCCAUUAUUAUAACAAGCAAAAAGUUAUAUUUGUCGGGUUAUUAAAGCCCACUGUGUAUGAAAUUCAAAUUUAACGAUCAUAAAUUAGGGUUUUGAAAGAACUUGUGACGCGAUAACCUUUCUGUUUAGUGAAGUGUGAAAAGGACGGAAAAUCGCAGUGAGUAGUGCUAGUCUUUUUGACAUGUCAAAGUAGACGCUAGGCGUCAAGAAUGAGACAGAAAUAGCUCUGUCCCACUCGAGUGAAACUUGUGGCCUAUUUCACAACAGUGACAAUUGUUACCCGACCGCACUUAGCCGUUUUUUGCCUGUUCAACAAGGAAAUAUUGACGCUGAAACAAUUUUACCAAAGAGGAUCGAGUAUAAUAGAGAGUUACUGUCGAAGUAAAAUGUGUAAUCACA